AUGUUGAUAUUAUCGUUAUUGUCGCUGGCUACACGCUACUAGUGAGAUGGCGCGGCCCUUGAAAAUUAUUUGAAUGACUUUUAACGCUCCAUAUUCUCUUUUCAUGUAAAUGUCCUGAUUACAAUUUUGCUCAGUGAACAGUGUCCAAACAUGCCACUGUCUACUGAGUCUCAACCAGGGGAUGAGCAGUAUGUCCUUGUUGCGACUCUGGAUAAUGUCAGAAAUCUUUCUAACAUCCUUAAAGCCAUUACUUUUAAAGACCAUGCCAUUUUUAACGCCACGCGGAAUGGAUUGAAAGUGACUGUAGAGGACUCCAAGUGUCUGCAAGCAAAUGCCUUUAUACAGGCGGAAAUCUUUCAGGAGUUUGUCAUGAAAGAAGAUUCUGUGGGAUUUCAAAUUAAUCUUACAGUCCUCCUCGAUUGCCUCACAAUCUUUGGAGGAAGCACUGUACCAGGAGUCACAACAGCAUUGCGCAUGUGCUACAGUGGCUAUGGAUUUCCGCUCACACUCUUCCUUGAAGAAGGUGGAGUGGUGACCGUGUGCAAGAUCAACACCCAGGAACCAGAGGAACCAAUAGACUUUGACUUCUGCAGCACAGAUGUCACCAAUAAGGUCAUCCUACAGUCAGAUAGCCUGAGAGAGGCCUUCUCUGAACUGGACAUGACAAGUGAGAUCCUCCAAAUCACUAUGUCGCCUUGUCAGCCAUUUUUCAGGUUGUCCACAUUUGGAAACUCUGGAAAUGCACAUUAUGAUUACCCCAAGGACUCCGACAUGAUGGAGCUCUUCCAGUGCACCACAACACAGACCAACAAAUAUAAGAUGUCCUUACUUAAGCCAUCAACAAAGGCACUGGCUCUGUCCUGCAAGGUGUCUGUGCGCACAGAUUCCCGUGGAUUUCUGUCACUGCAAUACCUGGUGCGCAAUGAUGAUGGGCAGAUCUGCUUUGUGGAGUAUUUCUGUUCACCAGAUGAGGAAGUUGAUGAGGAAUCAUAAUAGUAAAUUAUUCUUUACAUAUUACACAGUCAUAUGCCCAGCUGCAUAACAUUUCUGAGUAUAACAUUUUGGAACACUUUGUGUGUUCCAAGUCUGUUCGUUAAUUUCAUGAUGUUGUCAUUUCUUUGGUCUGUGAAUAAGAGGAGUUUUUUUCCAUUUUGUUAUAUUGGAAUGUGAUGUCAGCGACAUUGUAUAGGGGGCUUAAUAAGGUUUAUGUUUGUAUUAAAUCUAUGUAUUUGAAUGAUAAUGAUGAUGAUAAUAAAAAAUAAAAAAACAAAA